GGUGGCACUGACUGGCACUGAUAGGUGACACUGAAAGGCAGCUCAGAUGGGCACUGAUAUGUGCAAGUGAUGUGCACUGGUAGGCACUGAUAUGUGCCAUUGAUGUGGCACUGAUGGGCACUGGCAGGUGGCAUUGAUGGACUCUGACAGGUGGCAUUGAUGGGCACUGACAGGUGGCACUUCUGGGACCACGCUGAUCAUCAGGACACACUGAUCAUCAGUGCCCUGAUGAUCACUGUCAAACUGACAGCUCGUGAGGAGAGAAAUGCCGAUAACUGGCAUUUC